GGCCCCGAGGCCGAGCCCUACAUGCAUUUCCUGAGGAAUCACCCCUGCUACGCCGCUGUCCCCACCAGCUCCAAGCUGCUGGUGUUCGACACCACGCUGCAGAUGAAGAAGGCCUUCCUGGCGCUGGUGGGCAAUGGGGUGCGGGCCGCCCCCCUCUGGGACAGCCGGCAGCAGUGCUUUGUGGGGAUGCUGACCAUCACGGACUUCAUCAACAUCCUGCACCGCUACUACCGGUCCCCGCUGGUGCAGAUCUACGAGCUGGAGGAGCAUAAAAUCGAGACCUGGCGAGAGGUUUAUCUGCAAGGCUCCCUGAAGCCGCUGGUCUCCAUCUCCCCCGAUGACAGCCUCUUCGACGCCGUCUACCAGCUGAUCAGGAACCGGAUCCACCGGCUGCCGGUGAUGGAGCCCGUGUCCGGGAACGUCCUGCACAUCCUGACGCACAAGCGCAUCCUCAAGUUCCUGCACCUCUUCGGGGCCAUGCUGCCCAGGCCGCGGUUCCUGCAGAGAACCAUCCAGGAGCUGGGCGUGGGCACCUUCCGGGACGUGGCCAAGGUGCUGGAGACGGCGCCCGUCUACAUGGCCCUGGAGACCUUCGUCGACCGCCGGGUGUCGGCGCUGCCCGUCACAAACGAAGCCGGGGAGGUCGUGGGCCUGUACUCCAGGUUCGACGUGAUCCACCUGGCUGCCCAGAAAACCUACAACAACCUGGACAUCAGCGUGCGGGAGGCGCUGCGGCGGCGAACGCUCUGCCUGGAGGGGGUGCUCACCUGCCACCCCCACGAGACCAUGGGCGACGUCAUCGACCGCAUCGUGCAGGAGCAGGUCCAUCGCCUGGUUCUGGUGGACGAGAAGAACUCCCUGCGGGGGAUCGUCUCCCUCUCCGACAUCCUGCAGGCCCUGGUCCUCUCGCCCGCAGGUAUCGAUGCUCUUAACUCUUAA